AUGAAAUUAUCAUGUGUUUCUUCAGUCUGCAGAGAAGCUUCUGUCGCUGAUAUUGUGUUCAUGGUGGAUGGAUCAUGGAGUAUAGGACCAAAAAACUUCAGAAUUAUACAAGACUUUCUCUAUACAUUGGUUAACAGUUUUGACAUUGGAAAAGACAAAAUUCAAGUUGGGAUGAUUCAAUAUAGUGAUGAUCCUCGCAAUGAGUUCUUGUUGAAUUUUUUCCAUCAGAAAAAGGACAUUUUAAAGAAAAUACAAAAUCUAAACUACAAAGGUGGGGGCACCAAAACUGGAAAAAGUUUAAAGUUUAUGCUAGAUGAGCAGUUCAGUGAAAUGGCUGGAAGUCGACACAGUGAAGGCAUUCCUCAAAUUGCAGUAGUGAUAACAGAUGGACAAAGUCAAGACAACUUUUCUGGGCCAGCAGAAGAAGUCAAGAAUGCAGGCAUCAUACUUUACGCCAUAGGCAUCAAAGAUGCUAUUCUGUCUGAGCUUCAGGAAAUUGCUAGUGAUCCAGAUGAAAAGCAUGUUUAUGAUGUGGAGGAUUUUGCUGGCUUGCGAGGUAUCUCUCAGAACAUACUCCAAGUUUUAUGUACUACUGUUGAGGAAGCCUCUCAAGACUUUAUACAUAUUUCUCCAGUAUGCCGAAAAGUCACUGUGGCCGACAUUGUGUUUAUGGUGGACAGUUCAACAAGCAUUGGUCUGGAGAAUUUUCAGAAGGUGAAAAGUUUCCUCUACACCUUGGUUUCCAGUCUUUUUGUUGGUCAUGACCAGGUCAGAAUUGGACUGGCCCAGUAUAGUGACAAGAUCUUUACUGAAUUUCAUCUAAACCAAUAUUCUUUGAAAAAUGAUAUUCUAGAACAUAUAGAGAACUUGACCUUACAGAAAGGAAGCACUUACACAGGUGCUGCUUUGGAUUUUAUCAAGGAUGAAUACUUCACUGAAUCUGCUGGGAGAAGAAUCCAAGAAAAUAUCCCACAAGUACUGAUCCUAGUCACAGAUGGGGAGUCACACGAUGAAGUUAAAGUUCCAGCCCACAAAUUAAGAAAUGAAGGAAUUUUAAUUUAUGCAGUGGGGAUUGGGAUCCAUAACACCUCUGAACUUAUGAAUAUUGCAAACCAACCUUUUAAUAAGUUUCUGUUUAAUAUUGACAAUUUUGAUAUCCUUCAAGACCUUACCAACAGCCUUCUUGAAACAAUGUGCUUUGCUUUGGAGAGCCAGAUUAAAGCAUUCACAAAGCGCUAUGCUGAUAUUGUUUUCCUUUUGGAUUCUUCUAAAAGCAUGGGCUCUGCCAAUUUUGAAGAAGUAAAAAGAAUCAUUUCCCAGAUUGUUGAACAAUUAGACAUUGGCCCUAAAAAAUACCAGAUUGGGCUUGCACAGUACAGCAAAGGAGGAAAAGUGGAAUUUUUGCUGAACAGAUAUAAGAUAAAGAAAGAUAUUCUUAACCACAUUCAGCAGAGCAUUGUUUUCAUGGGAGGCCCUCUGAGGAUUGGCAGUGCUCUCCAAUUUUUGCGAGAAGUCUAUUUUGUUGAGAAAGCCGGAAGCCGCCUUCAUCAAGGAACACCACAAUUUAUAGUGAUUUUUUCCUCCGCUAAAUCUGAAGAUGAUGUCAAGAAGCCUGCAAAAGAUCUUAAAGAAAUGGGAGUGAACAUUGCAACAGUUGGUAUCUUACAUUCUGAUGAGAAAGAAAUGAAAGUGAUUGCUACCUCCCCUUUAGUUUACCAGGUUGAUGACAUAGAGGAUCUUGAUCAGGUUCAGAAGAUCAUCAUAGAUAUUGUGGAAGCACCAGUCCAGCAAGAGUAUGAGUCUGUUUUAGAUGCAAAUGUGCCAGCAGUUUGCUCCUCUGCCUCAAUGGCAGACAUUGUGUUUCUUGUGGAUGAAUCCACUCGUAUUGGUCAAAAGAAUUUUCAACUGAUCAGGACAUUCCUGCUCAAAAUAACCAGUGCUCUGAAAAUUGCCCCAGAUAAUGUACGAGUUGCCUUGGUACUUUACAGUGAUAAGCCAAGAUUAGAGUUUAGCCUGAAUACAUUUGAAAACAAAUCAGAAGUUAUGAACUAUUUAAAAAGAUUGCCAUAUCGUGGGGGGCAAACAUAUAUGGGUGCUGCUAUAGACUUCCUAAAGAAAAAAGUUUUCACCAAGAGAGCAGGAAGCAGGAAAAAUUAUGGAGUACAGCAGUUGGCUGUAGUGAUCACAGAUGGUCAGUCAUUAGAUGAUUUCACUGUUCCUGCAUCUAAGCUUCGCCGGGAAGGUGUUACAGUUUAUGUCGUGGGUAUCCAAAACAUUUCUGCGAGCAGCCAACUGUACAAAAUUGCAUCUCAUCCCCCAAGGAAACAUGUUACAACCAUGGAAUAUUUCUUGCAACUAUCAAACUUGGAAUAUGUUAUAAAAAAACAACUUUGUAGUGAAAUAGUUUCACAAACGUUUGCAAUUCCAGUGCAGUCUCGUGCCCUGAAGGAAGGUUGUGAAGAGACAGAGGAAGCAGAUAUUUAUUUCUUGAUUGAUAGUUCUGGCAGUAUCCAGACAGAAGAGUUCCUUGACAUGAAAAUCUUUAUGAAAGAAAUGAUUAGCGUGUUCCAGAUUGGCCCCAAUCAAGUUCGUUUUGGGGUGGUUCAGUAUGCAAGUGAUCCCAAAAUAGAGUUUCUGAUUAAUGAGUACAGCACAUUGGCCCAAUUAGAAGACGCAAUAAAAGUGAUCUGGCAGAUUGGUGGUGGCACUAAAACUGGAGAUGCUUUACACUACAUGAACAACUUGUUCAAAACUUCAGCCAGGGACAAUGUCCCACAGUUUCUCAUUGUUAUUACAGAUGGUAAAUCCCAGGAUCAAGUAACCAUACCUGCAGAAGAGCUGCGAAGUGCAGGGAUUGUUAUAUAUGCCAUAGGUGUCAAGGAUGCUGUAAAAAGAGAACUAAAAGAUAUAGCUGGGACCAAGGACAGGAUGUUUUUUUUGAAUGAUUUUGAUUCCCUGAAGCUCAUCAAACAUGAUAUUGCACAGGAUAUUUGUUCUCCUGAGGCCUGUAAAAAUUUGAAAGCUGACAUAAUUUUACUAAUUGAUACAUCAGAAAGUAUGGAUCAAUCUGAAUUUGAACAGAUCAAGAAUUUUUCUAAUUUAAUUGUAAACAAAUCUGAUAUUGGAGCUGAUAAGAUUCAGAUUGGGCUGCUCCAAUUUGGCGUCAAUCCAGAAGAAGUUUUCCCACUGAACAAGUACAACAACAAGGUUGACCUGAGGAAAGCAAUAAGUACAAUGAGGCAGGUUCAAGAAGGAGCCAGAAUUGGAACAGCUCUAGAUUUUGCCUCCCCUUACUUUGACACAUCUAGGGGAGGGCGUUUGGGUGUAAAACAAUAUUUGAUACUGGUCACAGAUGAGGAAUCUAACGAUGAUGUAAGAAGCGCAGCCAGAGCACUCAGGAACAAAGGUGUUGUCAUCUAUGCCAUUGGAAUACUGAAAGAAAACUACUCCCAGCUUUUAGACAUUGCUGGCACUCAGGAUAAAGUAUUUUCAGAGAAUUAUUUUGAAUCGCUCAUGUUUCUGGUGAAGCCAAUUCUAUUUCAAAUUUGCAACCCCAAGGAGGUAUGCAGGCGAACUGAAGUUGCUGACAUAAUCUUCGUAGUUCAUGGAUCCAGAGAUGUUACAGAGUUCAAGGGGAUGCAACGGCUUAUGGAAGCAAUUGUGAAUGACUCCGUUGUGGGCAAAGACAGUGUUCAGUUUGGAGCUGUUAUCUUUGGUACUCUACCGGAAGAAAAAUUUCAGCUAAAUACCUAUUCCACAAAAUCUCAACUAAGGGAAGCCAUUAAAAACCUAGUUCCUUUAAAAGGAUUAACCUAUACAACAAGAGCUUUGAAUUUUGCAAGGGAACGCUUUGGUUCUGCUUAUGGUGGCCGAACAUCAUACCUAGGUCUCACAAAGAUCAUCAUUUUGAUUACAGAUGAACCAACAACACCCACAGAUAGAUCUAAUCUCUCAGCAGCAGUUCAGGCUUUGAAGCAAGAAGGUAUCAAGGUCAUUGCUGUUGGGAUAGAGGAUGCUAGUAGAACAGAACUAGCAGAAAUAGUUGGUGAGAAGGAAAGAUGGUUUUUUACUUCCAGUUACAAUGCACUGGACAGUUUAUAUGAAAACAUAACUUAUCUUAUAUGUGAUGAAUCAAAACCAGCUUGUGGUACUGAAGAAGUAGAUCUCGUGUUUCUGAUUGAUGGCUCAAACAGCAUUUCAGGACAGAACUUUUUGACUAUGAAGACAUUCAUGAAAACAGUAGUUGACAGCUUUAUCAUUGCAAAGGACAAAGUCCGGGUUGGGGUGGCUCAGUACAGCACAGAACCUCAGAAAGAAUUUUAUCUCAAUGAAUUUUUUAAUAAUAGUGCCAUAAAAAAGAAGAUUGAUGUAAUUGCACAGUUAAAAUCUCGCACUUUCACAGGCACAGGGUUGAAAUUUGUCAGGAGCUUCUUUGAACCUGCCAAUGGUGGCCGACAAUAUAAUGGAGUCAUGCAGUAUUUGAUUGUCAUCACAGAUGGGCUGUCUGAUGAUAAAGUGGAGGAUGCAGCCAUUGUUUUAAGGAAAAAUGGCAUCCAAGUCUUUGUAAUAGGCAUUGGUACUUUCAAUUAUUUUGAGCUCCUGCAAAUUGCUGGCUUUUCUAACAGAGUAUAUGUGUUGAAGGACUUUGAACAACUGCAAAGUGAUAUGAGGAAGAUUGUCAAAGAGAUCUGUAAUCCUGGCGAUAAACCCUCUCCUGAUUGUGAGAUAGAUAUUUCUAUAGGGGUGGAUAUUUCUGAACCGGUGAGGUCUCCAUCUGCAACCAGUUUGAAGCAAAUAAUACAAGCAUUCUUGCCCCAGAUCCUUCAACAAAUGAGUAUAGUAAACAAUAUCAGUUGUACUGCAGUAACUUCAGAUGACAUCAGGUUCAGGUACCAAGUAUACACAGGAAGUAGCUCAACUUUGUUUGACUCAAGUUUUGAAAGUUACAGUGAUGAAAUCUUUCAGAAAUUCUGGGCUGUACAAACAACUGUGGAAACUUAUUUGACAGUGGACUUCUUGCAGUCUUUCUGGAACAAAUCAAUUACUGAGGAUUCUGCCAAUGUGAAGGCUUUUCUCAUAUUUUCUGAUGGACCCGAUGAUAGGAUAGAUAUGCUUAAAACUACAGUGGAUGGUCUCCAUGGACAAGGACUAAAUGCAUUCUGGAUUGUUGGAUUAAAACAUUUUCCAGAAUAUCAUAUGUUGCAAGAACUUGAGUUCGGUAGAGGAUUUAGUUAUUGGGAGCCUUUAUAUUUUGAAAACCCUGAAUUACCAAGCAUGUUGAGAAGAACCCUUGACACAGUUAUAGAACGAGAAUGCUGUAGAGUUUGUUGCAAAUGUUUUGGGGAAGAUGGAAUUCAAGGGAUUCCUGGAUACCCUGGAAAUAAGGGAAAUACAGGCUUUGAUGGCUAUUCAGGCCAUCCUGGUGAAGAAGGAGGAAUUGGAAGUCGUGGUCUGAUGGGUACUAAUGGAAAACAAGGAGAAGUUGGAUGCACUGGUGCUAGAGGUCCCAAGGGAGUAAGAGGAUAUAGAGGAAAAAAGGGUGAAGCUGGUAAUUCCGGGGUUGAUGGUAUUGAUGGAAAGGAGGGAGAACAAGGAUUUCCUGGAUCACACGGACAAAAGGGCCAUUCAGGCCGAAGGGGUAGAGAAGGCCCUAGAGGAGAAUCAGGUGAGCCUGGACAGCCUGGAGUAAGAGGAGACAAUGGGUUUCCUGGAACUGACAACAAUGACCUUGGUCCUCCGGGUAAAAGAGGAAAUAUGGGACAGCAGGGAGAACCAGGGGCUGAUGGAGAACCAGGAGAAGCAGGCGAGAAUGGUGCUAAUGGUCCUAGUGGGAAAAGAGGUCCUCCUGGUUUAAUCGGUGAACUAGGAAAUGAAGGGGACCAAGGCUAUCCUGGGGAAGCUGGGCUACAAGGACAAAAGGGUGCUUCAGGGUUACGAGGAAUACCUGGACCCUUAGGACCUCAAGGUCCACCUGGCCAUCAGGGUAAUGCAGGAAUCAAAGGCGAAUCUGGUGCUAGAGGAAAAGUAGGCCAUGAGGGUCCAAAGGGUGAACAAGGUGAUCCUGGAGAAAAAGGGCAAAAGGGGCUACCUGGAACAAGAGGUUUUCCUGGCUUUGAUGGUAGUAAUGGCUAUGGCUUUAUAGGAAGAAAAGGCACAAAGGGAUUGACUGGAUCUCCUGGAAACACUGGACGACAGGGAGAAGUUGGUGAUCCAGGCAAUCCUGGCAAUAAAGGUGCCAAAGGAAUUAAAGAACAAAGGGCCAGAAAUGGAACACCAGGGGCAAGGGGUAAUCCAGGCAGGCAAGGACCACCCGGAAGAAUGGGUUUAAAAGGUCCAAAAGGCACAACUGCUAUGACGACUUGUCAACUUGUGAACCUUACAAGAGGAAACUGUCGUAAGUAA